GUUACGGUCCUAAACACGUGUUGUCAUUCUGGAGUACCAACCAUACAAAGUGUAUUGAUGAUAUCAUGACGAAUUUACGACUACCAAGUUGAAAGAUGAAUGUGAAGUAUGUGGAGGAAAGGAAAAAUCAUCCGUCAAAUUGGGUACGAGAGUUUCUCUCUCUGUCGGUGGGGGCGGCUCUCCAAAUCGCCAUGGGAUCAGAUCCUUUCAUCCUUCAUCACUUCACUUCACUUCACUUGGCUUUUUCUACUGGUAGUUGCCCUUUCAUAAGGCCCCCCCAACUGUUCUUUUCAAAACCACCCAAUUAAAAUAAUCCAACCCAAAUUUGUCUGCAUUCUUCCGAGUUUAGAACUGUCGGCUACAGUACUGAGAUCAGAAUGAGAGAUUGGUUUCUGUGUUUCUGUGGUCUUCUCCAUUUUGAGUUUCUAAGAUUACCCAAUAAUCUCUCUGAUCUUCAAAUCUGAGUAGUGAUUCAGAGCCUGAGGGAGCCAUUGUACUAUGUUGGUCCAAGAUCGGCCGAACCCAAAACAAAUCCCACUCCCCAAUCCCUUCCCCGAAUCCAAACCCUUCGAUUUCUCGAACUGGGUCUCCCUCAAUCUCUUCAAAAUCGCCACCAUUUUCUUCCUCACCCUCACCAUCGCCUCCUUCUUCUUCCUCCGCGGUGCUGCGGAUUCCGCCACAUUUCUCUGCUUCAACUCCCGCCCCAAACCCGCCGAGCCCAUCCAUUUCCCCAAAAUCAACUUCGAUUCGAUUCAGCCUCUCGUCGACAAAUCUUCAGUGUAUGCUUCGUUCAGCUCUCAGCGGUGGAUUGUCGUCUCUGUUUCCAGUUAUCCUUCCGAUUCGCUUCGGAAGCUUGCAAAAACCAGAGGAUGGCAGGUACUUGCUGUGGGAAAUUCUAGAACCCCAUCGGAUUGGAGUCUCAAGGGAGUUAUAUUUUUGUCUUUAGAGCAGCAAUCUAGUUUAGGAUUUAGAGUUGUGGAUUUUCUUCCUUAUGAUUCGUAUGCUAGAAAGACUGUUGGGUACCUUUUUGCCAUCCAACAUGGAGCGAAAAUGAUAUUCGAUGCGGACGAUCGCGGUGAAGUGAUCGAUGGGGAUCUUGGGAAGCAUUUUGACUUGAAACUAACCAACGUGGAUACAUUGCAGGAAAGAAUCCUACAGUUUGAUUUCACGAACCCGAAUAAGACCGUUGUGAAUCCGUAUAUUCAUUUCGGACAGCGGUCGGUUUGGCCUAGAGGGUUGCCGCUGGAAAAUGUAGGAGAUGUGGUGUAUGAAGAACACUACACCCAAGUAUUCGGAGGAAUGCAGUUCAUUCAACAGGGCAUAUCCAAUGGUUUACCAGACGUGGAUUCAGUGUUUUACUUCACACGAAAGACGGGUUCAGAGACAUUCGACAUAAGAUUCGACGAGCAUGCCCCGAAAGUUGCCUUACCUCAGGGAUUAAUGGUACCACUGAAUUCCUUCAAUACCCUGUUCCACAUCUCAGCAUUAUGGGCUCUGAUGCUCCCUGUUUCAGUCAGUACAAUGGCUUCUGAUGUCCUGAGGGGUUACUGGGCACAGAGGCUAUUAUGGGAAAUAGGAGGCUUUGUAGUGGUUUAUCCUCCCACAAUGUUUAGACAUGACAACAUUGAAGCAUACCCAUUUGCAGAAGAGAAAGAUCUCCAUGUAAAUGUAGGCAGAUUGGUGAAGUUCUUGGCCUCAUGGAGAUCAAACAAGGCCACAUUCUUUGAGAAGGCUCUGGAUUUGAGCCACUCAAUGGCAGAGGAGGGGUUUUGGAGGGAAAAUGAUGUGAAAAUGACUGCUGCUUGGCUUGAAGAUUUGGUUUCUGUUGGGUACAUAGAACCAAGAGUGAAGGGAUUUGAAGUGAAGAGGGAGAGGAGAAGAAGGAGGAGCUUUGUUCCUCAGAAGUUGCCUGGUUUUCACCUUGCAGUGGAGGAAACUGAGACUGUGAACUUUGAGAUUGGGAAGUUGAUUAGAUGGAGGAAGAAGUUUGGGAAUGUAGUGAUGGUUUUGUUUGUUGAUGGUGGAGCUGUGGAUAGAACUGCCAUGAAAUGGAGGUUGCUUUAUGGGAGGAUUUUCAAGACUGUGGUGGUUGUGGCAGAGCAUGGGAGGGCAGAUUUGGGAGUGGAGGAAGCUUCUUUGGAGUUCAUAUACAAGUACCUGCCUACGGUAUUUGAAAGAUUUUCCAAUGCAGAAGGUUUCCUGUUCCUCCAAGAUAAUACCAUUCUCAACUACUGGAAUUUACUGCAAGCAGAUAAAGAUAAACUUUGGGUCACUUACAAGGUUCCUCAGUCUUGGAGCAGAGUCAGUGAUGAUUCUGUCUGGUUUGCCAAACAAGCAGACUGGGUGAAGAAGGUGGUGAGCACAAUGCCUGUUCAUUUUCAAGUCAACUAUAAGGAAACUAACCCGACUGAGCGAGAUCUCGCAUUGUGCAACUGUGAAGUGUUUUACGUACCUCGACAGUUUGUGGGAGACUUCAAGGAUCUUGUUGCUCUUGUUGGCAACUACAGGAUGGAUUACAGAGUGGCUAUGUCGAUGUUUUUCAUGGCAAUGGAUUCACCCAUGAAUUUCGAUGACGUCUUCAGCAAAAUGGCGUACAAGAAGACACCAGCAGAGGAAAUGUUGAGUAAUGUUACAAACUUGUAUGCUGCUGAAGUUCCUGCUGUUCAUCCAUGGAGGGUUUCCAAUGAAGUGGAAUUUGCUGAGCUGAUGAGACUAAUGGCUGCAGGUGACCCACUGUUGAAAGAGCUGGUAUAAGAGCCGAAAAUUCUCGAAAUCUGAGUGUACAAAUGUAUGUGUAAUUCAGAGCCAUAACUUUCCUCAAUUUUUUUUUUUUUGGUUAAAUUAUUUCUCCAUUCAAAUUUUUGUAGAGGAACUUCAAAGGAAAUAAUCAAUAUCUGAACUGGAUGUUGAUAUGCUAUCAA